AUGUCCGAUGGCGCCCGCACGGCGCUCUCAAAGUCGACCUUCCACUUCGCCGCUGGUCUCGGCUCCGGCGUGCUGUCCGCAGUCCUCCUGCAGCCCAUCGACCUGCUCAAGACACGAGUCCAGCAGCAGUCAGGCGGCCGCGUCGCCCACCCGCUCGCGGCCGCCAUAGCCGACAUUCGCGCCGCGCCGCGCCUGCUCCCGGCCCUCUGGCGGGGCGCCGUGCCCUCGGCCCUGCGCACGGGGUUCGGCUCAGCCAUCUACUUUACUGCGCUCAACGCCAUCCGGCAGAGCGCCGCGGCGACGCCACACCUCCCAUUCUCCUCAUCAUCGUCAUCAUCCUCCUCCUUGGGAUCUAAAUCGUCCUCUCUACCGCAGCUCUCCAACACGGGCAACCUCCUCGCGGGCGCCGUCGCUCGUUCGUUCGCGGGGCUCAUCCUCAUGCCGCUGACGGUGCUCAAGGUGCGGUACGAGAGCACGCUGUACGGGUACUCGUCGCUAGUCUCAGCGGCGCGCGACAUUGCGCGGCGGGAAGGGUUUCGCGGGUUCUUUGCGGGCUAUGGGGCGACGGCGGUGCGCGACGCGCCCUACGCGGGGCUGUACGUGCUCGUGUACGAGCAGAGCAAGAAGCGGCUUGGCCGGCUGUUCGCUGGAGGAGGGGGGAACCCGGGGGACAACAACAGGGGUGGCGGAGGAGAGAAGAUGGCGCUGUCGCGGGCGGCAAGCAUCAACUUUGCCAGCGGGGUGCUUUCGGGCGUCGUGUGCAGCGUCAUCUCGAACCCCUUUGACGCCGUCAAGACGCGCAUCCAGCUGCAGCCCGGCCAGUACCGCAACAUGGUGCACGCCGUGCGGCGCAUGGUCCGCGAGGAGGGAUUCCGCUCCCUGAUGGACGGGCUGACGCUACGCAUGAGCCGCAAGGCGCUCAGCUCGGCGCUGGCCUGGACCGUCUAUGAGGAGCUAAUCCGGAGAGCCGAGAUUACCUGGAGCGCGAGGACGCACAAGAGUCUCUGA